AUGGCUACUCCAGCAGAACGGAUCGAUGACACUCAACCUCUUCUUAACGUUAACAUGGUCAAUGUUAACAAACUAACCUCCACAAACUACAUGACUUGGAGCCUUCAAGUUCAUGCUCUCCUCGAUGGGUACGACCUCGCCGGUUACGUCGACGGAUCCAAACCAGCGCCUCCUGAGACUAUCACCGUCGACAACGAAACCACCAUCAACCCUGAAUUCACCAAAUGGAGACGACAAGAUCGGCUCGUUUACAGUGGUCUCAUCGGUACUCUGUCUCACACCAUCCAGACGCUUGUCACCAACACCAAAACCUCUCAAGAAGUCUGGAAAUCUCUCACUGCAACGUACGCUACGCCAAGUCGAGGUCACAUUCAGCAACUGCUUCUACAACUCAAGCACUACAACAAGGGAGAUAAGACUAUCGACGAGUACAUGAGGGGCCUCACCAGUCGAUUUGAUCAGCUCACGUUGCUAGGGAAACCGUUAGAUCAUGAAGACAAAAUUGAAUACUUUAUUGACGGUCUCCCAGAAGAGUACAAAUCAGUAACUGAACAAGUUGAAGGCAGAGACAUAAGCCCUUCUAUCGUUGAGAUCCACGAGAAGCUCAUCAACAAGGAAGCAAAACUACUCGCGUCCUCCACACCUUCUGCGAACCCGAUCCCGAUGAUUGCAAACAUGGCCACAUCCCGGCCUAAACAACACCAACAGAGAGGAAACAACUCGAACUGGAACAACAAACCGAGACCAAACCAGUUCAACUCGCAGAAGCAGGAGUACAAGACGUCAAAAGGAUAUCAAGGACGCUGUCAAAUCUGCAGUGUCUUCGGUCAUAGCGCUCGCCGGUGCCCUCAGAUGCCUCAGCAAUUCACUAAUGUCAGUUCCUCACCAUUCAGACCGUGGCAGCCCAGAGCCAAUCUCGCUGUCUCAGCUCAGCACCCGUCAACUGUGUGGCUCAUGGACUCUGGCGCAACACAUCACUUAACAAGUGAUCUUCAAAAUAUGUCUCUCCAUCAACCAUAUCAUGGUGAUGACUCGGUCUUGAUUGGUGAUGGUUCUGGACUACCCAUCACACACACUGGUGAAGGAUCUCAGCUCGGGGAUCCCGUUAAUCCAAGGCAAGACCAAGGAUGA